AUGGAUAUCUCCAACCAAACCGUGCAGAAGAUACAGAAAUUCGCAGAAAAACGUCAAGAAGCAGAGUACGAGGCAGCAAAAGAACCUCUCAGUGGGACUGCAUUACAUGUCUACACGCGACGCUUAGAUGCAACCUUACAAGGACUUCAAGAGCAAGUCAAACGCCAGCAGGAUGAAUUGAACAAGCUGCGGGAGCUCAAUUCCCUUGACCUAACAGAGACGGGCACCGAUUCCUGGGCUCGCGUCUCUCAGGCUCGACGAGCCAAGAAAGCAUAUGACUCGCUUCUCAAGUCCAGCGAUGAGCUACCAGCAACAGACUCAGUCUUGCCAUCACUUCUAGCCAUCGAAGAAACUGCACAGCUUGUUCAAGAAAACAAAGUCUCUGUCAAAAUGACUGCCGAUCAGCUGUCUGUGGACCGCGAGCGCCUGCGAGUCGAAGAGGCCAAUCUACGCGACUCUCAAUCAAUCGCAAGCGGCCUUCGAGAGCGGAUCCAGAGAAUCCGCAAUGCAAACACGAGAAAGGAAGAGCAAUCUCCGUCACAGGUGGCACGCGAACAGCUCGCCCUGCAAAAACACCAAAAUAAAGAGCUGGACCGCACGUCCGCGAGCCUCAAGGUUUCGUUGGAUAAGUUCAUCGAUGAGAUUCUUGCUCCAAUGCUUGCUGCCGAGGAUCUAGGCGGUCCGACUGUGGGCGAUGACUUCAAGGUCUCGGAUGCUACUCUGAAGGCAGGUUAUACAGCACACGGCAAGCCUAAGAAGCAGAAAGAACCGGCAGAAUCGGAGGACAGGUCACAGCAGCGGAUUGACAAGUUUAUGAAACGCAACGCGGAUGAACCUCUUACGAAGAAGAGGGAGGCAGCUGCAAAGGAGAUGCAUAGUCUCCUCGACGCUAUGUUGGAGGCUAACUCCUCCUAUAUCGAUUUGGGGCGCGAUUCGGCGUCUUCGAGGUUCCUCGUCAGAGCCAAGGUCGCGCAGUUUCACCCUCGAGAUGCACGACGGCUUCGGCUGAUUGAUUUUGGUCGCUCACUAGGGAAUUGA